AUGAGAACAACGUAUUUUAAGAUUGACGAAGAGGUGAGAACUAUUGCACAGUCGACGUUAAAGCGAGAGAAAGCCAAGAUGAUGACGUUAAAAGACGCAAUGGACGACGCCAAGAAGCAGUGGAUAAAAGCGCAGAGUAUUGGAAUGCUGGAAAAAGAGUUUGAAGUGCUCAAAAAGGAAUUGGCAUGGUCUUUUGUGUGUGAAAAAGAAGCCAUGGCUGCAAAGAUGGAGAAAAAGGUGAAGAAAGUAAAGCGUAAUGCGGAACAUGCUGCUAGUGAAUAUGAAGAAACGAAAAAGGCUGUAGAUAAUUUGGAGCGAAAGCAAAAGGAUAAGAACGAUAAGCUUGAAGACGUUAAUGCGCGCAUGAGCGAAAACAGUCAAAGGAAAGGGGAAGUGAAAAGCAGAAUUCGUGAAGCUCGGCGUCCAUUGCACAAUUGCAAGGCGGAGCUGAAACACCUGACUCAGUCCAAACAACGCACCAACCAGCGACUAGCCCGUUUGCAACACGAUUUGCUGAAAAAGCGUGAACACCACGAAGCUAUACUUCAUAAUCGCUUGCAGCGCAAUGAUGAAAUGCGUGAGCGUAUUGAAAUGACACGGCGGGAAGUGCAGGAGGCGGAACGCGAAGUCAAUGAAGCCAAGGAACGGGCCCAGGGACGACCUCAGGAGCUGGAUGACGUGGACAAUCGGCAUGCAACCUGUCUUCGACAAUUGCGUGAAGCUGACAACGAGGCCAGUAAGGUUCAGCAGCGAAUCAACUCGCUCAGAGAGCAAAAGCGCGAUAGCCUUGCCGUAUACGGCAAUCGCAUUCCUCAGCUACAGCAGCUUAUCCAGCAAAACCGUCAUCGGUUUGCUGCUCCGCCUAUUGGACCCUUAGGACUCAAUGUCAAGCUCCCGGAGAGGUAUAUGCAUUUUGCAGUUGCGAUCGAAGUUGCGCUGAAGGGUCAGUUGGGAAGUUACUUGGUGACCAAUGGUAAAGACAAGGCGCUGUUGGAUGAUUUGAAGCGCCAGGCUCGCUGUCCACCCAACAAAGCCAACAUAAUUAUUUCGCAGCGUGCGGGACGUCGAUAUGAGAAUUUACGUCUGGCCGAAGGAGGCCUAUCAGCCCACGCGAUUUGCAACAUUCUCGAGGUAAACGAUGACGAGGUGUUCAAUGCUCUAAUUGAUGUAUGCAGCUUGGAAAGUAAGUUGCUGUUUGAUGAUCGCCAGUCAGCCGAGGAGAGUGUUUUAAGCGGCUCAAGUGGCAAUUUUAGGAUGGCGCGUUUUGUGUCGGAAGUGUACCUCCCUAGCGGCGACAAAUUUAUUGUGCGUUCUGGUAAUUUGGCAUUCAUUGCCAACAAGGUACACCUUCGUAGCUCCAUUAUUUGCCAAGAUGUGGAGGGAGAGGUCAGAGAUCUAGACCAGAAGCUUCAGUCUCUGCAGGGAAGCUUGGAGGUGCUACGUCGCGAUGAGCAUCGGCUACGACGUAGCCGCGAAGAUUUCCGGCACCAGAUGAAGCAGCAGAAUGACCGCAUUGACUACUUGUCACGUCGGUUUAACCAGAAGCGUGCAGGGUUGCGCAGUCUUGAGGAAGAAUUGUCAGACGACUUGCAGCAGCAUACGCUCGAUACCUCUGUAUUAGAGGAAGAGGUAAAAGGCGUUGAGGAAGAGCUUCAUGGUUUUCACCGUCGUGAGCAAGAGCUGAACGAGAUUCUAUCAAAGUCGAACCCAGAUUUGGAAGGUCAGUUGCAUAUGCUUGAAGAACUAGACUUGGCGGAGAAAAAAAUCGCUAUCGAGAUGAAUGAGUACCAGGAAGAUACUGAUGCGAUCUACAAACAUUUGAGCGAAAUGAAGGUACAAGAGAUGACGUAUCAGCGGGAGGCAGGUACGUUGCGUGAAAUGGUUGUGCGGUGGGAAGACGAGCUGGCAGCACUCCAAGAAGAAUGCGAGGAGCAGAGAAAAAAGGCACAACAACACUGUGAGCGAGUAGCUGUUACACACUCGCACGACUAUUACGGCAAACGAUUGACAGAUAUCAAGCAUCAGAUUGACCGCGAACGUAGUCGAUUUCAAGGCAUGGAUCUCUCGGAGCUGAAAGAUGACAUGGAGGCCAAAGAGAUUAAGUAUAAAAGCAAGAAGGCCAACUUUGACAAGUUUCGUGAUAACCUGGAGCGUAUUCGAUCGAUGCUGGAGGAACGCAAACGGGUGUGGCAGAUUUUGCGGAAGGACAUUGCUCACCGAACGUCCAUGGAGUUCAAUAAGUAUAUGUGCCUGAAUAAUUUUGCAGGUAAACUGAAAUUCCGGCAUGAUGAUCAGCGACUUGAGAUUGCUGUUUUGCACAACGAAAAAGGAGCGUCGCGAGCGUCGCAAGUAACCGACAUGAAGGAGCUCUCUGGUGGUGAACGGUCUUACACGCAAGUAUCAUUAUUACUGGCUCUUGGCGAGAGCAUUGAGUGUCCGUUUCGAGUGAUGGACGAGUUUGACGUGUUUAUGGAUUCAGUAAACCGUGACAUGACUAUUCAAUUGCUUGUCAAGGCCGCCAAGAAGGACAAUAAGAAGCAGUUUAUUUUCGUGACUCCCAAUGACCUCAGUGCGCUACGACGGGAUUCGAUGGUGAAAAUUCAAAAGAUGAAUCCACCACGGGAUCGAUUGAAUGCUGAUCAGAAAUAG